AUGAAUUUAAAAUAUAUUCGAAGUGAUUUACCAUGGUCACUUCGAUUUGAUGAACGUGUAAAUUCAGCAGAUUCACAAAAAUAUAACACCGAAUUAGAGACUAUUGCUCGUCGACAUGGCUUUGAACAAUUUAUAAAUUCGGAAACACUUUCUCGACGAUCAAAUACAGAUGUAUUUUUUCCUAAUGAAAUAAUUAAUUCAAAUGGAUAUAAUAGUACAGAUUUUCAUGAUGAUCAUAAUCAUACAUUUUGUUAUUUAUGUUCAAUAAAUCAAAAUCAACAUGAACAAACUAAACCACGUGAUGAAUACAAAAGACGAAAACUUAUUCCAUAUAAUAAUCCUAAAGCUCGAUUGCUAUCAUCAUCAUUAGAUCGAGUAACACAAAAUUCCUCAUCAUUAGAUUUAACAUCCUAUCGAUUUAUAGUACGAACUGGUACACAGAAAAAUAGUGGUACACACGCUCAAGUAUUUUUAUAUAUGUAUGGAACGGAAAAGAAUUGGUCAUCAAUUCAUUUACAAGGACGUAUGAAUCAAAAUUCUUCAUCAUCUAUGGAUGGUUUCCCAAGUGGUUCUACGAGAACAUUUUGUUUGAAAGGGCCAGAUAUUGGUCAAUUACAUCAUUUAAAUGUGAAUCUCGUGGGUUCUCGAUCAAAUAAAGAAUGGUUUUUAAAAGAAAUUGAAAUUACUAAUCUAAAAAAUUCAACAACAUGGUUAUGUGAAUUUAAUUGUUGGUUACCGAAAACUGAUGAACAAGAAAUUCAUGAAGUAAAAUUAAAUAUCGAUCGACCAACAGAAACAUCAUUCGCGAUUUAUAUUCUUCAAAUUCGUACAGGUGAUAAACCAUUUAUUAGUACUGAUACAAAUAUUCAGAUUCUAAUUCGUGGAUCAACUAAUCAAACAUCGCGAUUAGUAUUAACAAGUAAUCAUGUUAAUUUAUUUGAACAAAAUCAAUUAGAUACCUUUGCAAUUAUUGGAUGGGAUCUUGGUGAUUUAUUAGAAAUAAUUGUUGAAUCAGAUAAAAAUCAUUUUGUAAGUGAUUGGGAAAUAAAAGAAAUGACAAUAUGGCAAAUACUACCAAAUGAAAAUGAGAAAAAAUUUCAUAUUUAUUUUCCAUUCAAUAAUUUUCUUGGAAAAAAAAUGAAUACAUUAAAAUCUAAAAAAGAAUUAUAUCCAUUAGCUGAUUCACAUUUAAAAGGUCCUAUAUGUUAUCAAAUUAUAGUUAAAACGGGUAAAGUAAUGAAUGCUGGAAUAGAUGCUAAUGUAUUUUUAAUUAUCUAUGGAACAUGUGGUCGAACAACUAUUCAUCAACUUAAUGAUCGAUCAAAAAACAAUUUUGAACGAAAUACAUCAGCAGAAUUUACUAUCAUGGAUAUUGAUAUUGGUAAGAUUGAUCGAAUAAAAAUUUGGCAUGAUAAUACUAAUCCCCGUUCAGCUUGGUUUCUUGAUUCAGUUAUAAUUUAUAAAAAACAUUCCACGUGUCAUACAAUAUCAGAUAUAUACAUUCAACGUCUUGAACAAAUAAGUAAAGUAUUAUAUCGUCAACAUCAUGAACAAAUGAAAAAGAAUAUGACGACUACACAUACAUCAUCGACAAAUGAAAAUAAACAUCAUUCAAUUGAUCGACAAAGUUCGAAACUAAAAACGAAUGAUCAUUUAGGAAGUAAUCGAAGUAUUUUACGUAGUCCAAUAAUGAAUGAUAGAAGUAGUUUGCAAAAGAAAGUUACAUGGGAUGAACAAAGUAUUGGUUCUCAAGAUGAUUUAUUAUCAAUCGAUUCACAACGGACGAAAUCAAUGCAAAUUAGAAAAGAACAGAAAGAAGAAUCUUCACAUCAUAAAAAAGAUCAUAAUGAUUAUGAAAUUUUCUGGAUAUCAUCACAUAAUUAUAAAGAAAGUAAAUGGCAAAUAAAAUCUGUUGAAGAAACCAAUUCAUUUAAUUUCGAUUCAUCAAUACGUUCAUUAUUACUUUCUGAUCGUUUAACAACAAAGAACAAAACGAUAAUAUCUGUUAAAGAUAUACAUGAUGAAAUCUAUGAAUUUCAAGCCAAUCGAUGGUUAGCAAAAGACAAAGAAGAUGGAAAACUUGAAGUUUAUUUAACACCAAAACAAUCAUCAACUAUUGCCGAUAUAAAUAUUGAUUCAAGAAAGAAACCUAUGAGUUCAUCGAAACUUCACCCUACAUAUGAUGAUAAGAACAAACAUUUAUCUUCACAUGAUCAAGAAUCUAUUGAAAGAACUCCACGAGGUUUAACACCACGUGAUUCGCAAUUAUCUUCUUUACGUUCAUCAGUGACACCAAAAACACAUCUUAAUGAUUUACAUUCGUCUCAAAAAAAUGUCGAUCAAUUUUCCAGUCAUUCAUGGUCAUCUCAUGAAAAUAAUAAUCUUAUAAAUUCGUUAAAUAGUGAACAAGAAUUAUUAGCAAGAAUAGCAGGUGUACCAUCAGUUCGUCCACGACCAUCCGUUACUUCAAUGUCACCAUUAAGUCAACGAUCAAAAUCACCUCGAGAUAUAAAUGAACAAGAAUCUUUAAUUAGAACAUCACGUGAUUCGGAAAAUUAUUCUUCCUUGGCAAAUAUCUCAAAUUCAUCAUCUACCAGUCAACAACGUUUCAAAUCACCACGUGCUAUCAAUAAUUUUAUUACUCCGAUAACACAUGAACAAGAGCCAUUAACUAGAGUUUCAGAUUCAUCUUUAAAUCAUCCUCGAUUGACGACAGCUGCUUCAUCUAGUCAAAAUAUAAAAUCAUCACGCACUAGUAAUGAUCAUACUAAUGCGUUAAUUAACACUCGAGAUUCAUUAGAUAGAAUUUCAGAUGGUCUACCAAAUUAUUCUCGAUUAAAACCUACUUUAACAUCGUCAUUAACCUCUAACCAACGUAUGAAAUCAUUACGUAAUUCUAAUGAAUUUACUAAUUCAAUAAUUAAUGAACAAGAAUUAUUAGACAGAAUUACAGAUGAACCAUCAAAUCGUCCACGAUCAUCAGUAAAUUCACUAUCAACAUUAAACCAUCGUACAAAAUCUCCUCGAAAUUUACUAGAACAAGAAUCUUCGCUCAAAAUUUCCGAUGAAUUACCAAGCUACUCUCAAUCUACAUCUAAUCAACGUUUGAAAUCACUACGGAAUUCUAAUGAAUUUAUUAAUCCAGGCAAUAGUGAACAAGAAUUAUUAACAAGAAUUAUUGGUGAACCAUCAAAUCGUUCACGAACAUCUAUCAAUUCAUUGUCAUCAAUAAAUCAACGUACAAAAUUACCACAUAAUACUAAUGUUCCCAUCGAUUCAUUAGUCAAUGAACGAAAUACAUUAGGUAAACUAUCGAAUGAAUCAUCUAAUAGUCCACGAUUAUCAUCAUCAUCAACCAGUCAAUUUCCGAAAUCAACUCGAUUAAAUAAUGACUCUAUUAGCUCAUUAACAAAACCAUCUAGUGGAUUAUCAUCACGUCCCAAAUCAGCAAUACGUUCAAAUCCUCAUCUUCCUUCACAAAAAUCUAUCGUUGAUCAAGUAUACAAUUCAGCUUAUGGUACAGCACCAUCAGAUGAUUUUUAA